CAAAAUCGGCGACAAUUGGCUCAACAAUUGGGCCAAAAAGUGGCGGUCAAUGGGUUUAACAUACACUACGAAAGGGUGGGCACCGGUCAGCACACAGUACUCUUACUUCCCGGCGGGUCGACCCGAACCGACUUUGGGGCCCAACUCGAGACUAUGAAUCGGGAGGCGUUCACUUUGAUAGCGUGGGAUCCGCCCGGUUAUGGUUACAGUCGACCCCCGGAGCGGGACUGGAAUGACUAUUAUCGACGCGACGCCAAAGUGGCCGCACAAUUCAUGAAGGCGUUAGGUGUGGCCAAGUAUUCACUGCUGGGUUGGAGCGACGGCGGGAGCACUGCGUUCAUCAUUGCGGCCGCGAAUCCGCUGAGUGUUCACAAACUGGUGGUCUUCGGGACCAACGCUUACGUGUCGGCUGAAGACAAUCGGCUACUGUUGGACAUACAGGACGUAAACAAAUGGCAUCCGAAGGCCCGACAGGCCUAUGAGGACGUGUACGGACCGGACGUUUUUAGGCGCCUGUGGGCCGACAUUAUUGCCGCACAAUUGCGAUACCACGACAUUUGUAGAUCAGAUUUGGCGGCCAUUAAACAGCCGACUCUUAUACUUCAUGGUGAUAGGGAUCCGCUCGUGGACCCCAUGCAUCCGGAGUACCUCCUGAAGCACAUACCCAGCGCCCGGAUCCAUCGGUUCCCUACCGGUGGACAUAAUAUUCAUAUGACAUUUUGCGAUGAAUUUAAUGAAAUUGUUGAACAAUUUUUGCUUCAAUAGUGAUACUAUCAUAUACUCUAUACAACACAAUUAAAUUGCAUUUAUUGUGCUUUAUUAAUAUAAUUAUUUUUAUUAUUAUUAUU